ACGUCACCUGAUGUCACGCAGGAGGCGGAACUAGCCCGUUCGGCUGCCUGUCACUUCUGCCGCAGUCGGAAAGACGUCCCGACGCCAAAUUACAAUAUUUUCCCAUAUUUUACGAGGAUAAUCUACUAUGUAAUGAAAAGCAGAAUAUCGUGACCCCCCCGUACCACCCUGCUCUUCAGUUGCCCCUUUCACCUCCCGGGGAAAAAAAAAAAAAAGAUCUCUUCAAUAUUAAAGAUCAUCUUCCCUACGAAAUUGUGACUCCUGACUGGGUAGGCGAGCAAAUCACAUGGGAGUGUGUGACGGCUCAGACUUAAGACUUCGGGCCUCCUGCCAUCAGCGCCUCCUCCCGAACCAACAUGUCAGGGGGCAGAGAGCGCGCCGGCCGGGCCCAGAGGCCGUGGUCAGUCUACCGGGCAAACACGUUCCAGUUGUCCAGUGAGAUGAUCGGCUUGGCGCUAGCAGGAAAUAGUCAAGACCCAGAUGAACCUGUGCUGGAGUUCAGUAUCGCUUGCGCAGAACUCCUGAAUCCUGCUUUGGAUCGUAAACCCAACGCUUUCGUAGCGGUGAGCUGCACAACACCUCCACAGGCUUUCUGGACCAAACACGCCCAGACGGAAGUCAUAGAGGGUACGAGCAACCCCAUCUUCCUCAGCAGCAUCGCCUUCUUCCAGGAUUCCAACAUCAACCAUCAGACGCAGGUCAAACUGGCCGUCUACGACGUGAAGGAUCGUACCCAGGGCACGAUGUACAUGCUGGGCUCGGCACUUUUCCCCGUGAAGGAGUUGUUGCAGGACAAAGACCACAGACUAGAGAUGGAGCUCAGGUCGGCGGAGAACAAGCGUGUGGGGAAUAUCACAGUGGCCGCGUGGAAGAUGGAAGAGAGAUCGGAUCAGAGACUUGCCGUCAGUCGCCUUCCAGAUGGGAUCAACGGCCGGACGGUGCUGCCGGUGGACGAGAGCCUCGCAGAGGCGAUGGGAGUUCGAAUCAAGUACGCCUCACUAUGCAGAGACAGCCUCUUGCGUGCAGUAUUCGGCGGCACCAUGUCCAGAAUGUACCGCCUCCCAACAACGGACGGCAACCACCUGAGGGUGCUGGAACAGAUGGCCGAGAGCAUCCUCUCCGUGAACGUCCCCAAGCAGUUUGUCAAAUUACUACUGGAGGAGGACGCGGCCCGUGUCGUCGAGCUGCAGGAGCUGGGAGAGUUGUCGCCUUGCUGGGAGAACCUCCGACGACAAAUCGUCUCACACUACCAAACGGCCACGGCCUCGUAUCAAGAAACGCUGACUGACCUCGGAAACUACAGAGGCCCGUCAUUCAAAGCCAGCAGCCGCAAAGCCGACAAGAAGAUGGAGUUCAUGCCUACCAAUUUGCACAUUCAGAGGAUGAGGGUGCAGGAUGAUCUGGGCUUCGAAGACACUUACGAUAUCGUCACCGUCGGGGCGCCGGCUGCACACUGCCAAGGGUUUAAAAACGGCGGCUUGAGGAAACUCACCCAAAAAUUUGAGGAGGCGAAAAAACACGCAUAUGAGGAGCUUUGCAGCGCCCUGUCCAGCUCGCAGUCUAUCGUCUUCAUUCCUCAGGAUGUGCUUCGAGCCAAAGAGAUCAUCGCCCACGUCAACACCCUGAAAACGCAAGUCAACUAUUACGCCGAGAGACUUUCCAGAGCCGCCAAGGAACGCUCGGUUAGCGCGCUGGAAAGGACGCUCGCCACGCUGGCCGAUAAGACUCGACAGCUGGUGACGGUUUGCGACUGUAAGCUGCUCGCCUCGGCCAUUCAGGCGCUGAAUGCAGCUCGGCCCGAGUACGUCGCCUCCAAAUCGUCUCCCUCCGCCGAGUCGGAACAAGUCGUCCUCCGCAACGACCAGGACACGCUACUCGCCAAGUGGAGCGGUAACAGCGGUCGAUCGUCGCUGCACGUCGACUGGCAUGAGGAGGAGUGGGAGAAAGUGUGGAUAAACGUGGACAAAUCGCUAGAGUGCAUCAUCCAGCGCGUGGACAAGCUGCUCCGAAAAGAAAACCCCGACGACGCCGUUCGAGCGAGAGCCCACUCGGACUUGCAGGGCGCCGGCGUUAAGAAAGGUGAUGGGAAAAGACGCGCUUUCUGGAUCAACCCGGGAAAUUCAGAGUGUCCAUCAUCAUCUUCAUCAUUGCCUCCAUCAUCAUCCUCUUUGCCUGGCUUCUCAUCCGUAUGCCCUGUGAACUUUGACCCCAAAACCUCGCUCGCCAAUCGCGCAUCCCUUCCUCUCGACGGAAGCCCCAACGUUGAGGAGGCGUACCCAGGAGAAUGGAGCGAGGCGCUGUACCCGCUCCUCACCACGCUCACCGACUGCGUGGCCAUGAUGAGCGAGCAGGCCAAAAAGUCCAUGGUCUUCCUCCUGAUGCAAGACGUCGCCCCCACCGUCGCCAUGAACGUCUCGCUGCAGUACCGCCGCGACGUCGUUUUCUGCCAGGCGCUUACCGCUCUGGUGUGCGGCUUCAUUAUCAAACUGAGGAACUGUCUACGUGAUGACGGAUUCCUUCGGCAGCUUUACACCAUCGGCUUGCUGGCUCAGUUUGAGUCACUGCUCAGCACCUACGGGGAAGAGCUGGCCAUGCUGGAGGACAUGAGCGUCGGCGUCAUGGAUCUGCGAAACGUUACCUUUAAGGUCACCCAGGCGACGGGCAGCUCAGCCCCGGAUAUGCUGCCCAUCAUCACGGGUAACCGCGACGGUUUCAAUGUCCGGAUCCCUCUGCCGGCAACCAUGUUUGACGCGUUGCCACGGGAAAUCCAGAGCGGCAUGCUACUGAGGGUCCAGCCGCUGCACUUCAACGUUGGCAUCAACGAGCAGCAGACACUGGCAGAGAAGUUUGGAGACACGUCCCUUCAGGAGUUCAUCAACAUGGAGAGUUUGACGAGGCUCAUUUCUUACUACGAACAGUUUAAAGAAGUCCUGCCCGAGGACUGCCUGCCGAGGUCUCGUUCUCAGACCUGCCUUCCGGAGCUGCUCAGGUUUUUGGGGAAGAACGUGGAGGCCCGGAAAAACAAGAACGUGGACAUCCUCUGGCAGGCGGCUGAGAUAUGUCGACGGCUUAAUGGGGUUCGUUUCACAAGCUGCAAAAGCGCCAAGGACCGCACGGCCAUGUCGGUCACCUUGGAGCAAUGCCUGAUCCUGCAGCACGAGCACGGCAUGGCGCCACAGGUCUUCACUCAGGCGCUCGACUGUAUGCGCAGCGUUGGGACGAGGGAGGGUGUGAUCCAGAAGAACCUGAGUGGUUUACUGCCGGUGCGUGACUACCGCUUGGACAUCAGCCUCCUGUACUCGCUGCCCCUGCUGGCCCUCACUCCCAACCUCCUGGUGGCUUGGAUCUUCCUCAGCGUGACUUUUAUCUUGGCAAGACUCCGCUGCUGCUGAGUGCCUGAGAAUCCCUUGUUCAGUAACGCCCAGCCCAAUUAUUUUGGUGUGAUUGCAAUAGCCACCACUAGGGGGUGUGGUUCUGGAGCAGUUCCAUUGUCCUUCGCUAACUCUGCUGCAUGUACAACCGAUGCCUCAUUCCCGGAAACAUUAUCUUGUUCCGAUCUGAUCUAUCUUAACUCAUUCACUGUCAGGCCAAUUCAAAUGAAUCGUUGACGUCUAUGGCCGUCAAUGGGAGCGAACGGGUUCAUAUUAUGCAGCAGUUAUUUCAUGUCAGACUCUGGUCACCCUGCUGUGUGCCCACUACGGUUUAGAAAAGCACUUUGGAUGAUUAACAGCAUACAGAAAAUGAAGUCAAGUGACCUUAAUGGUUUGUGUAUUACAUAUUUGAAAGCUUCUGCCCGAAACUGGCAAUCAACCAAUAGAUGAGUUUGUACAAAUAUGACAUUUAAGGCAUUGAAAUAGAUACUUGUCCCUGUCUUCAUGCACAUUUGCACAUUAUAAAGGUUCUGAUUGAUGCCAGAGGAGGCAAGAAUGUGUUUCGUGAAAAUACAUGCACUAGUUUUGGUUGCUGUGUAGACGAUUGAAUGAAGGAUUAUUUUAUUUUGUGGCGCAACUCAACGCUGUUGCUUUUGCUGCCUUUCGAGCGAGACGCAAGUUCCAGGUUGCGACAAUGUAGCUUGCCCAAGCGCUGGGCAAAAUGGGUAAAAAUAGCCGAACAAUCAAAAAUACUGUUACUCCGAUUAAUAGUGAUGUUGUAGUUGUCCUUGUAAAAGUUCAACUAGGCUCAAUGAGUGUCAAUUUUGGCAGUUCUUGCUCUGAUGGGUUGCCUGGAAACCGGCACUGCUCAUUCUUGUUUGUUUUUUUUCCUUUUUAAUUUGACACAUGACUAAUAUGUAAAAGGCAAUGAAAAUAAUUUGUAGUCAGGUUCCUCCCCAAAAGUUAGCACCUUGCUUUUGACAUUUGUAUUUGUUGGAAAUGUCCAAAUGAAGUAUAUGUAUUUAUUUUUAUUUUAUGUCUGCUCACAUGUUCUGAACUACCUCCAAGAAACCCUUUGAGUAUUUCUGGAAAAUCAAAGAAAAUUAAGUGAAACCAUUUGUGCGUGAUCCAUAAUCAUCACGCGUGCUUCCUCUCAGAUUAUUUCAAAAGACUCAUAAAUACAAAAUAUAUCGUUUAUUUUUAUUGUCUUGACAUUGUUGAUUAGAAAGUGCUGUUGUACAGAAAAUGUAUUUCAAAGCUGUUAGAUAAGAAAGUAUGGAUAUUUAAGAUCUACUAUAGCUGGAACAUGACGCUUCUGCAAUAAAGCUGUAUUCACUAUUGCUCAA